CUCUCUCUCUCUCUCUCUCCCCCCAACCCCCUCUGUCGCGGGCAAGGGUGUGGAGCUGGCAAAUGGAGCUAAAUAUAAUAUUCUCAUAGGCAAAAUGGGGGAGAAGAGACCAGUUCUGGGAAGCUGCACCACUAUUUAAUUUGCCAGCUUCUGUUAUUUUCUUAUGAGUUUGGUGUUAAUGGCUUUCAAACAAAAGAAGCGAGUGAAGAAUGCAAGGAGCAAGUACUUGAAACCUGGCGCACUUGCUCAGAUUCGUUAUAGCCGGACCUCAAGCAGAACUUGCACAGAUAUCGGCAAGAAAAGGAUUUUGUUGGAUUCGGAGAAGGCAGAAAUAGAUAUUCUGCCUCAAGAUGAGGCAGUUGUUCAUAAUAUGACGCCGAUUUCUUCUCCCAUCAGGACCAGUUUUCAACCAAUAGUUGAUGGAAUUACGCCACAGAAAAUGCCAGCAUUUACACCGCAGAAAAUGCCCAAAACACCAAAAACGCCUCAAGUCGACGAAUUUGAUAGUCCGUCGAGACUUGAAUCUCUUCCUUUGGACCUUCUGGUUAAAAUCCUUUGCCACUUGCACCAUGACCAGCUGAGGGCUGUUUUUCAUGUUUCUCAGAGAAUUCGAAUGGCUGUUAUUCUGGCAAGGCAACUCCAUUUCAACUUCACAACUCCGGAUCGGUCUAGACAGGAGAUGCUGAAUACAAAGACACCUCUUCCAGCAGAUCAUUGGCCUUUUGUUAGCAAGAGAAAUGGGAAGGGUGCAUGGGGACCAAGCCCUUGCACCCCAAAAGCUCCGAGGCACGGCCCACGCCCUCCUCGCGUCCAUUUGAUGGAUUACAAGCAAAUCGCGGCUGUCCUGUUUCAGGAGUCCUCCAGGCGCAUGAUGCCGCCAGGAUUGCCAAGACCGGUUUUUAAGGCUGUGGCUCCCAAUAGAAGAGUUUUGUUCUACGAAGAUGAGCUAUGCCAAGCAGUGGCACAGAAUAAGCUUCUUUGAAUCUCCUAGUAAAAGUGCUUUUUGAAAAGCACUUCCAUUCACUUCUCCUUCCUGUAUGUAUAUAUGCCCUCUGUCUCUUUCUAUAGCAUCUAGCAUAUUAUGCAGAGUCUGCAGCAUAUGUUUGCUGCUUUAGGUCGGAAAAAUAUUAUACGGGAUGCACCUCGCAGGUGAGACGAGAUCACUACCGACCUUGCUUUACGACUCAAAGCUAGGGGACCGAUGGAUGGCGAUGAUCCUAUCUCAUUGUGCAGUGCGUGCCAUAUAAUUUUUGUACUUUAGGAUUUAGUAAAUAUGCGACUUUAUGAUCGAUCAUGGACAAGGGAGUUAUUCAGCUUUUAGAAGUGUCAAGUUUUGGAGGGGUUGGUUGUGUGUAUAGCUCUA